AUAGGUGCUAUGGAUCCUUUUCCAAUAAGAUCGGGUCAUGGGACUGAUACGACAGUGCGCAGCCUAAGGAGGGAACACGACAUUGCGCCGUCAAGUGAGGAGAAAAUCUAUGUUGCGGUCGGGAAGGAUGUUUCAAAGAACAAGAACACUCUCAUCUGGGCACUACAAAACACCCAGUGCAACAUCAUCUGCAUCAUCCACGUUCAUCAGCCACCACCCAUGAUGAUGAUUCCUGUUGUAUAUAGUUGCAGAGCCUUAGUUAAAGAUGUUGGACUUAAAUGUUUCCCAUGUUGUAUCUUCAAAGUCGGUAUGAGAUUCGGGGCAAGUGCUGCAGCCAAGCAAAGAGCCACAGCCAAGAUACUGGACGAGUACAUUCAAAUUUGCCAUCAGAAAGGGAUAAAGGCAGAGAAGCUGUGUGUUGAAACGGACUCUAUAAGAAGCGGGAUUCUGCAACUGAUCUCCCAGCACAAUGCCAGGAAGCUCGUAAUGGGGGCAGCGGCAGACAAAUAUUAUUCAACGAGAAUGACAGAUCUGAGGUCCAAGAAAGCCAUAUUUGUCUGGCAACUAGCACCUGCUACUUGUCAUAUAUGGUUUACCUGUAAAGGACGCCUAAUCUGUACAAGGGAAGCUACAAUGCAUGAUCCCAAAAAUCUGUCAACUCUACAGACUGUCUCAGAAUCUUGUUUCGGGGGCAAAAAGCACAAAUCGGGGACAAGAGAUGGGACUGCGAAUGAACAGAUCCAACAAGCUUUGGCCGAAAUCCGCAUCUUAAAUCAAAACCUGUCAGCAGAAACAAUGAGACGUGAGCGAGCUGAAUGGAAGGCGCUUGAAGAAAGCUGUGUGGCCGAGGAUAACAAACAUGCGUAUUUAGAGGAGUUGGAUCGAAGGAUAAAAGCCGAGGUAGCUUUGGCGAAAGAGAAAGAGAAAAAUACGAAGAUAACGUCGAUGCUAAUCGACCAUAUAGCGGAAUACGAGAGAAAGCUGGAAGCGAUGAAAGAGAAGAGGAACUCGGCUUUAGAGUUGUUGCAGAGAGUGAUGAGGGAACGUGACAUGGCGCUCGACGAAGCUAAGGAACUGUGGAGAAAUCUUGCAAACGAAUCAUCACUUGCAAAUGCAUCAUCCAUAUCCACCCAACCCCCUGAUCAUUUCAACUGUCCCAUCUCCCAUGAGGUCAUGGAAGAUCCACACGUGGCACGCGAUGGGUUCACAUACGAGAAGACGAUUAUGGAGGAAGCCAUUCCGCCAUUGAUGGAGGAAAAAAUCCACGUUGCAGUUGGGAAGAACGUGGAGAAGAACAUGUCCACUGUCAUGUGGGCAUUACAAAACGGUGAAGUCAACAAGAUCUGCAUCGUCCAUGUUCAUCAACCUCCCCAGAUGAUUCCCGUUAUGGGUGCGAAAUUCGCGGCUAGUACAGUGGACGAUGAGAUCGUUAGGGUAUUCAGGGGGAAAGAAAGGAAGAAGACGGAGGAGAUAUUGGAGCAGUACCUCCAUAUAUGCAGACAGAACAGGGUUAAAGCAGAGAAGCUGUUCAUUGAAAUGGAUUCUAUCGAGGAAGGGAUUGUGAGGCUGAUCACUCAGCACGGGAUCUCGAAGCUCGUCAUGGGAGCGGCUUCUGACAAACAUUAUUCGGCAAGGAUGCCAGAUUUGAGGUCCAAGAAAGCGAUCUUUGUUCGUCAACAUGCACCGGUUAAUUGUCAUAUAUGGUUUACCUGCAAAGGGCACCUAAUCUGUGCAAGGGAGGCUGUAAUAUUCGAAACUAAAACUAUCUCGAUGCUGUUGUCUGAGUUCCAGCAGCUUGUUUCCCGUGGGAAAAACACCGACCUUGUUCAAGAUGUAGUUCAGAGUGGAGGCGGAAUGGUGUCGGAUCUGUCCGAGGAUUCUGACAAGAGGGACAAAGAAUCAAGAACCAGUUCGUUCCGUUUCGGAUCUGAUGGACAGCAGCAGCCUGAGAAAACUGGGGAGGCUGAAAGCUCAUCAGGCUCGGGCCUCGUCAAAGAGGGAUCUAACCCCUCGUUUUCCAAGGAACGUGAGGUAAUUACCGACGUUUUUUUCUUCUUCAGGAUUUCAGUUUUUGGCUGAUAUGAUCAUUGCAGGAAGAAGAGCAUUCGAGCCAAGAAUCAUUCUGUUGUAUUUGCUAAUUCCACACAUUCAAGGAAGCAUUCAUCAGGAGUAAAAAAAAUCUGUAAAGAGAUCGUCAUUUUGACAAGUAAUCAAGAAAACCCGAGGAGGAAAAAGACAAAGGAGUAACUGAAGUGAAAAUUAACUUCAAGUCUUCAAGAUGGUCACUCUGACAAGUAAUCAAGAAAAACCAGAAUCUGACAGGUGAUCAAGAAGCAUGUCUUCGGUGCCCGAAACUCCAAUGGAGUAAAAGCGAUUAUAUACAUACAUAUAUAUAUAUUAUUCAGUCAUCUCUUUCCUCGAGAAUGUAACUUCGUUUGAACGUUAAAAAGAAGCGUCUUUUCCAGUGUGGCGAAUAACAGUCAACGGAGACGGAGAGCAAAAACCCACAAACGGUCGAGAAAAUCAGAAAAGAAUAUGCGAAAACCCUAGAGCCGAAAAACGAAAACAGUACACCAUGAAAUGGAAGUAGAGACAGGGGACUCGGCCAUCGAAAACCGAUCCAAUGGAGCGGGAAAUACGACAGAAACAGACAAGAAUAUGGAUACUGUCCUAGAAACGCAAUCAAAUGGGCAGACGCUGGCACGCGCGCGCAGGCAUCCGAGGGAGAAGCGACAGAAACACGAACAGCGGCGUAUUACCAGGAAGAGAGAGAACGGUAAUGGAUGAAGGUAUGCGGCGAAUGGAAUCGAAUCCGACGGAGGAGAUCGGCGGCAUUAGCAGCCAAAGGGAGCGGAUAAGAGAUAAAUCUAGAGAGAGAA